CGUGAAACGGCGCAGAACCAGGAAGUAGUUUUGCGUGUGUAUUGUUUACAUCGUACAUAAAGUCGAAAUGUCAAACUAAACCACUGACAAGAUUUCCCUCCAGAGUGAUGGGGAACGGCGACAGUGUUGUAGCGCAGAAGCGACUGGCUCGUUUUCGUCCGGAUGAGAGACCCGCUGUUGAGGGGACAUUUGACAGACUUCAUGGAGCAAGAUCCUCUGCUUCAGCUGGAAAAACAAGCAAGGGUUUAUCCUUAGACAUGCUGAAGAUGACCAUGGGAAAGAUGGCUUCAGAAUCAAUGGUGACGCGAGUGUUUCAGGGUCUCCACAGCAUUGACCCAGGAGUGCCGCUGACCCCUGGUGACGGAGUGAGUCGCGAGCAGCUGCUCAUUUUCCUGGCGGAUAUUCUCAGAGGAACUGCAGAAGAACGAGCACCGCUGGUCUUGGCAAUGGCCGAGGGUGCAAAGGCUACAGUUACCACAACUGAGCAGAUCAGAGGUUUUAUGGAAGACCUGGUUUCUGCUGCAGUACAGACUCUCGCCCACAGGGGGCAUCUGAGAGCUUGGCAACCAGAACGGAUGGGUGAUGGUGCUCAAGGUGUUAAACUGCUGGCCGAACAGCUGACCUCUGAAUUAAAACCUUCAGAUCAGAAUACGUGUGACAUUCCUUGUCUGGAAGACUGGCUGUUUCGUAUCCCAAUGAUGGCCAUGUUUUUAGAGCUCUUGAUUGGUGAAGGACUAGGUGUUGUUUUGCCCUCUCGUCCUCCUCCGACUCUGUUGCCGCCAUGUCAGUUUGCUCCCUGGUCUGACCUCCGCUGUGUCUUGAGUCUGCCUCUUCUGAUGUUCCUGUCCCCUCUGCUGCCGGAGGGACAUAGCGCCCCCUGGAGGAUGUUAUUUUCCACAAACAUGCACGGAGAAAGCUUCACCAGACUGUUGGGCAGCUGCAAAAGUCGGGGUCCCACUGUCUUGUUGGUAAAGGACACCAAAGGGCACAUCUUCGGGGGCUUCGCAUCACAAAGCUGGGAGGUCAAACCUCAGUUUCAGGGAGAUUCCAGAUGUUUCCUCUUCUCGGUUUUCCCCUACAUGCGAGUGUUCACCUGCACAGGCUAUAACGAUCAUUACAUGUACUUGAACCAGGGCCAGCAGACUAUGCCGAAUGGCUUGGGUAUGGGUGGCCAGCAUGGUUAUUUCGGCUUGUGGCUGGACUAUGAUUUUGGACACGGUCACAGUAGAGCUCGACCACGCUGCACCACAUACGGCAGUCCUCAGCUCUCUGCAGACGAGGACUUCAAACUGGACACCCUUGAGGUGUGGGGCGUCGGGAAGCUACCUGAAGAACAAGAAGGGGAUGAGAAGAAGAAAAGCAUUCUAGAUGUUGAUCCUGAGGUACAAGCCAUGAUGGAAAUGACAGGAAAAACCCUACACAGUCAAGGCCUCCGGGAACCCGAGGAGGAUGAGGAUCAAUGAGGGAGAGGAAAAUGAUGAAGCUCGAACAAGCAGUGUUUGUUUUUAUGUGUUUGGUUUGGAUCAUUUAUUUACACUAAUCUAAUAGAGAUAUUAAAGGAUAUAAAACACUGUCAGGGACCACUUAUCACAUAUUUUUACAGUCUAGUGUUAAUGCUAAUAUGCAAAGUCCGGGAGCUGGUUUCCUGCUUUCUGUGGAUGAUUAAAAUGAUCACACAAAGAAAUUCUGUUGAAUGCUGCUGGUUAACAUUGAGUAUAGACAAGAUGCAUCUGUUAUAUGUGGUUGCAUUUUGACUUGACUGAUGAAUUUAAUGUAUUAAAGUACUGUAUAUUGGAAAAUUCAUCAAUUAAAUGGAAAA